UUGAAAUUUCAUUUUAUAGUAUAAAUAUCCUUUUGAAAGAUAAAAACUAAAUAAAUCUCACUGGAGCAACAUCCCAAACAUGACGCCUACUUUAAUAGUAGUCUUACUGCUCAAUGCUUAUUUGGCAUCAUCAAACGCAAUAUGCGUACCGGGCAGUGUUCCUAACAUAACUUUAAGCACAAAUUACACUCUUACAUGGGACGAGUGUUUGAAUCCACAAAAUUGUACCAUAACGAAUUAUAUUAUCAAUAUUCUGGAUGAAGGUACCAUAUACCAGUAUCAAACCAACAGCAGUGUACUUACUUUUAAUGUCAGUUUUCUUGAAAAUUGUAAAAAAUAUGGUUUUGAGGUACACGCUUUGACCGAUGAAUCAGUCCUCGGACCUUCGGUUCAAUUGCUUGCUGAAACUUCUCUACCUGAAGGUUAUGACCUGACUCUUGGAACCCUGAACUCGCUCACCUACAACAAAUCGAUUCAAAUUGAUUGGAAUUUGAAGAGUAUUAAUCUCGACAGAUGCAUCUCCUAUUACAGAGUCGUAUACUGGGACGAGAAUAAUCAACCUCAGGAUUAUUACUCCGCUAGCAAGAAUUUCACAUUAGCAAACCGAAUUCCAUGCACGAAUUACACAUUCCAAGUAAAUGCUAUUAUAGUUAAUCCAGAUAUACAAGGACCCAUUGCUGAAAUUACCAAUGUGGUCUUUGCUGAAGUUCCUGCUGUUCCUAAGAUAGCCUUACUAGAGACUACAGAAACUUCAGUAGAAAUGGUGUGGGAGUUAGAGAAAUACGCGACGAAUCAUUGUCAGUUGCUGUUUCUUAAUAUAACAACAGCUGGUCUUCCCACUAACCUUACUUACCUAGAAAUCCCUAUAAUCGACAACUUAUCCAGACCCAACGUGACAGUAAAUAUUACGGGACUAGAGCCAAAUAGCGUUUACGUCAGUCAAGUGAGUGUUGUAAACGUUGGAGGAGCAUCAAAAAAUGUAACUGUAUCAUACCAGACGACCGAUACAUAUGUUUUUGAUUUUAUUCAAAAUGUUUUGUAAUUAGUUAGAAUAGAAUAAGUGUAUUUAUUGUUAAUAAUUUUUUUAAUAUAUUACUUAUUACUGUAUAAAA